AUGGCCCAGCCGGAGCCUGUCGACGUGCCCGCUUUUGCGGCCACCCAGCUCGAGCUGCUCGCCGCCGAGCUGCAGUCGGAAAUCGCCCAGACGGCCGAGACGGUCGGCGGGCACACGCCAGCAGCACUCCAGCGGGCCGGUGUCGCCCUGAUCAACCUGGUGGUCGGUGGCCGCCGCACGGGCAUGGGCGGCCGGACCGUCUUGACGCUGGAAGGGGACGCGGCCACGUCGUCGAGCGACGAGCUGCCGGAGCACGGCCUGCGCACGGGCGAUGUCGUCCUGGUGGCCGAGCAGCCCGGCGGCAGCGCCAAGAAGCGCGAGAUGCGCGACCUCGAGAAGCGCGGCGUGCACGGCGUGGUGACCCGGGUGCGUCGGACGGCGCUGGAGGUGGCGGUGGACAACAACGACGACGGCGACGGCAGCAGCAAAGCGGCCAGCGAUGAGCAUGUCGACACCCUGCUGCAAAGCCGCGUGUGGCUGGUGAAGCUGGCGGACGAGGUCACGCACAAGCGCAUGGCGUCGACGAUGCGCGCGAUCCAGAACAUGCCGGCGGCCGACUACACGCCGCUGAUGCGGGUGCUGUUUGGGCUGUCGUCGCCCGGGCUCGCCACGACGACGACAGCCGAUGCGGACGCGGCAAACGCAGUCGAAUGGGUCGACCCGACGCUCAACGACUCGCAAAAGGACGCCGUGCGGUUCGCGCUGGCGGCGCCCGAGGUCGCGCUGAUCCACGGCCCGCCGGGCACGGGCAAGACGCACACGCUGGUCGAGCUCAUCCUGCAGCUGGUCCGCCGCGGCCUGCGCGUGCUCGUCUGCGGGCCGUCCAACAUCGCCGUCGACAACCUCGUCGAGCGGCUGGCGCCACAUGCGGUUCCCAUGGUGCGCCUGGGCCAUCCGGCACGCCUGCUGCCCUCGGUGCUGGGCCACGCCCUGGACGUGCUGACCCAGACGUCGGCGGCGGGCGCCAUUGUUCGCGACGUGCGGGCCGACAUGGACGCGCGGCAGGCCGACCUCAAGAAACCCAAGCAAAAGGGAGGCCCGGCCAACAAGACGGCGCGGCGGGCCAUCUACAGCGAGCUGCGCGACCUGCGGCGCGAGUACCGCGAGCGCGAACGGCGGUGCACGCGGGAGCUGGUCGGGGGCAGCAAGGUGGUGCUGGCGACACUGCACGGCGCGGGCGGGUCGCAGCUGCGGGUGUCGUCGUCGGUGGACGGCCCCGCGCCGGCGUUUGACGUGGUGGUGAUUGACGAGGCGAGUCAGGCGCUGGAGGCGCAGUGCUGGGUGCCGCUGCUCGCCGCGCGCAAGGUUGUGCUGGCGGGUGACCACCUGCAGCUGCCGCCGACGGUCAAGGCGGUGAAAGCGGAAGCCAAGGUGGCCGCCACGACGAAGAAGACGACAAAUGACAAGACGGCCCCGCGCAAAGAGGGUGCCGCGACUGAUGCUGCCAGCCGCCUGCCGGUGGACAAGCUCUCUCUAGACGCAAAGACGGGACAGACGGGACAGACGGGACAGACAGGACAGAAGGGACAGAAGGGGUCCGCAAUGACAUUGGAGUACACCCUCUUUGACCGUCUGCUGGACCUGCACGGCAGCUCCAUCAAGCGCAUGCUGACGACGCAGUACCGCAUGCACGAGCGCAUCAUGCGGUUCCCCUCAGACACGCUGUACGAGGGCAAGCUGGUGGCCGCCGAGAGCGUGGCGGGGCGGCUGCUGCGAGACAUCCAGUACAGCGCAGACGCGGAAUCCGGGGCGGCUGCCUCGACCGUGGCCGAUACCGACGAGACCCGCGAGCCACUGGUGUUUAUAGACACGCAAGGCGGCGAGUUUCCCGAGACGACAGAGGAGGAGGCGUCAAACAACGACGGUGAUGGCAAAGACGCCAAAUCGGCCAGGGCUCGCCUGUUUGGCGACAGCAAGUGCAACGCCAUGGAAGCCUUGCUGGUGCGGCAGCAUGUGCGCACUCUGGUGCGCGACGGCGGACUACGGGCAGCCGACAUUGCCGUCGUGACGCCAUACAAUGCGCAGCUGGCGCUGCUGUCGGGCCCGCUCAAGCAAGAGUUCCCGGGCAUCGAGCUGGGCAGCGUGGACGGCUUCCAGGGUCGCGAGAAGGAGGCCGUCGUGGUGAGUCUCGUGCGGAGCAAUGCAGCGGGCGACGUGGGCUUCCUCGCCGAGAAGCGGCGGCUGAACGCGCAAGUGGCCAUGACGCGGCCGAAGCGAUCUCUCACGGUCAUCGGCGACUCUGAGACGGUCAAGCGCGCUUUCCUCAAGAGCUGGAUGGACUUCUUGGAGGAGAAUGCCGACUUACGGUAUCCCGACGCGUCGGCCGUGGUCGCCGAGUCAUGA